UUUAUCCAGUGACCCGGAUGUUGAUUAGGGCUGCGUGGAUCCGGACCACGCUGCUGGUAACGCUACGGCUAUGGACACAUUUGAGUUGUUUCGUAAACUCGGAGCUGGAGCGAAAUUUGAUUUGAAGAGAUUUGGUCAAGACGCCGCUCGGUUUAAGGUGUCCAGAUCUCAGGGAGAGGAAAACACUUCUGAUCGUCUUUCUGUGAUCGACUACUUUGGUGCAGGAUCAGCUAAUGGAGCCCAGAGUGAUGAAGAAGGGAGCGGAGAUAACGAAAAAGGGGGCAGAAGGAAGCGCAAAGAGGAGGUGAAAGAUGUAAAGCUGAAGAAGAAACGGGCUAAAAGAAAUCAGGGAGAACUGGAAGCUGGUGGCAGACAGCCGAACAAAGAAAGCUCGGUCACGUGGACGUCCUCGCUGGAGGAAAACCAAAGUGAUGGGAAAGAGAAGUCCUCGUUGAGGAGGUUGAAACACCUACAUCAGGAAAAGGUGAAUCGUAUUCGCACCGAACACCGUAUCAACGUGCACGGCUGCGACGUCCCUGACCCCGUGUGUACGUUUGAGGAGCUGCAAUCGGAGUAUCGUCUCAACCCGUGUAUUCUCCAGAACCUCAAAGAUGCGGGACUGAACGCUCCAACGCCGAUCCAGAUGCAGGCGAUACCUCUCAUGAUGCAUGGUCGGGAGCUCUUGGCGUGCGCUCCGACGGGAUCAGGAAAAACGCUGGCGUUCUCACUCCCUCUACUAGCGCACCUUCAGCAGCCUGCAAAUCUGGGCUUCAGAGCCCUGAUCAUCUCCCCGACCAGAGAACUGGCCAGCCAGACCUACAGAGAACUGCUCCGCUUGUCAGAGGGAGUUGGCUUCAGGGUUCACAUCAUUGAUAAAGCUUCCCUCGCUGCCAAGAAAUAUGGACCCCAGUCAAACAAGAAAUACGAUAUUCUUGUCAGCACUCCAAACAGACUCAUCUACCUUCUGAAGCAGGAUCCUCCCGCUGUAGACCUCAGCAGCGUGGAGUGGCUGGUGGUGGACGAGUCCGAUAAGCUGUUUGAGGGCGGUAAGACGGGCUUCAGAGAGCAGCUGGCCACGGUUUUUCUCGCCUGCUCCGGAGCAAAGGUGCGCAGGGCUUUCUUCAGCGCCACGUGCACGUCGGAGGUGGAACAGUGGUGCCGACUCAACCUGGACAACCUGGUUUCUGUCAACAUUGGCCACAGGAACACGGCGGUGGAGACGGUGGAACAAGAGCUGCUUUUUGUCGGAACGGAGAACGGGAAGCUCGUUGCCGUGAGGGACAUCAUUAAAAAAGGUUUCCUGCCUCCCAUGCUGGUGUUUGUUCAGUCUAUAGAACGAGCUCGGGAGCUCUUCCAUGAGCUGGUUUACGAAGGCAUCAACGUUGACGUGAUCCACGCCGAGCGUACGCAGCAGCAGAGGGACAACGUGGUGAACAGCUUCCGCUCCGGUAAGAUUUGGGUGUUGAUCUGCACGGCUCUGCUCGCCAGAGGAAUCGACUUCAAAGGAGUGAACCUCGUGCUGAAUUACGACUUUCCCACCAGCUCUGUGGAGUACAUUCACCGAAUCGGUCGCACUGGCAGAGCGGGACAUCGGGGCAAGGCCAUCACCUUGUUCACAGAGAACGACAAGCCGCUGCUUCGCAGCAUAGCUAAUGUCAUAAAACAAGCUGGCUGUCCAGUACCGGACUACAUGAUAGGCUUCAAGAAAAUACACAGCAAAGUAAAGCGAAGGCUUGAGAAGAAACCUCCCAGGAGAACCACCAUUUGCACGACUCCUCGCUUUCUGAUGAAGAAAAAGGGCAAAGAGCAGAAAACCGGACAAAAGCGAGCAGCGAGUGGGACGCAGAAAGGAGAGGCUGAAGCUCCACAGCAGCAGAGAGCGCUUAAGAAGAGGAAAGGAGGAGCAGGACCACUCACAGAAGCAACGCAGAAGAUGGUGUCAGGAGUUAAAGCUAAAAAGAAAAAGGGGACACGAAAGAGGGACGGAAGAACAGUGGUACAAACAGACCACUAAGAAGAUGAAUAUGGACUUUGGUCUUUAAUUUAAUCAAAAUUCAACAGUUUAUUAUUUUCACAUUUGUACUUUGUCGGAGUAAAAAUAAACUGUUAUGUUACUUUAG